AUGUAUCCACGCUUGCAGUCAGCCAGGCAGUCUCUGUCUGUGCCAGGGCCCGCGGCCCCCACCCGCCAAGUCCGUCCCGCAGCCCGGUCCCACACAACACUCGACACACCGGGACUGCCGCCAACCUAUCACCUGCCGCCGCCAGAGCAUCCGCACCAGCGGCGGCCGCAGCGGCGGUGGCAGCAGCGGCUGCUUCUAUCGGCACCGCAAGCAGCCGCCUUCGGGAGGCCAGGCCUCUCUGACGGCCGGACACCCGUCAUUGAGGAGAAGGAGGUGGAGGUGGAUCAGCAGCAGCAAAAGCAGCAGCCCUCACAGCCGUCCAUACGCCGCAGCGGCGUCCCAGCUGGAGGACGGAUCUACACUGCGCUAUCAGCCACCGAUGCCCCCACUGCGGAGUCAAAGAACAGCACCUCUGGACCCAAAUCCAGAUCCAGAAGCAACAACAAUCGCAGCCGCAAAGCUUGUAAUGAGGCAACUAGUGGGGCAGGCGGGCGUGGCGGCGGAAGCAGCUGUGGCGGUGGGGACGGGAACGGUGGUGCCAAUAGCAGCAGCGGAAAGCGUGUCGGAGUGAGCGCGAGGGAAGCCGGUGGGGCCGGCGGAGGUGGAGGCGGCGGCAGUGCCUCUAAACAGGCUCGGAAAGCCUCUCUAAGGCGCAACACACGCGGGCUUGCAGGCCGUGGAGGCCAUGGCAACGACGGAGGCGGCGACGUCACCGCCGUUGCCACAGCGUGGAACCAGGUCCGCGGCGCUGACUUGGACACUUGGGUUAUGCUCGUACAACAGUACGGCACUACGCUAGGUGGUGCGUUUGCCGCCGACGCGUUGUUCCGCGCGGCGCACUUCGUCGAUGGCGCUGGUGCGCUGCGUCGUUCCGUUGAUAUCCGUGACGAUGAGGAAGGCUGCGAUGGCAACGGCGGUGAUGGGCGCCAAGCGCGGCGGUCGCCAACGCCGCCAACGCCAUGCAGCAUCGACGCGGCGGCGUUCUCGGCACUGGUGCUGCAGCUGUUGGGACCUGCCACGGAGGCCGCUGUCGCGGUGCAGCUGUGUGAGGUCCAGGCGUGUCGACUUUUAUGGGCCUUGGCCAAGCUCAGCAGCCGGGCAGGUGGCGCGGCUGGGGCUGUAGAGACCGAGGCCGGAGAGCCAAAUAUAGCGGAGGGUGGACAGGGAGUCGGGGGCGGUGCCGGUGGGGUGGAGCAGCUCGAGGGGGAGGGGGAGGCUGUGGGAGGCAGGCGCGCGGCCGAUCGCAGCGGAUCGGCUCUGGCGUGGAGCGUCAUGGAGCACAGCGGGGCGUGCUGCGUUGCGGCGCUGGCGGCCCAGCUGCAUCAGCAUCUAGCGGCGGAGGCGGACGGGCGAGAUGGCUGCGCCCCGAGCGCGAUGGGCGGAGGUAGUGGCACCGGCGGCAACGCUUCGGGCUCAGAUCGGAGUCGGGCCCGGAGUCAGAGUCGGGGUCGGGGUCGUCAGGCGUUCGCCCGUAUCGGGUCAGGUCCAAAUCAGCGUCUGAGCGGCAGACUCCUGGUGAUGGCGAUGUGGGCUCUAGGUCGCCUGUCGGCGGCGGGGUACCUGCGGUAUGGCGGCAGCGGCACCGUGGCGGCGGGGUCGGUAGGCGGCGGCGGGGGCGGCGGCGGGGCCGCCACGGCAACCCUCUGCGCCGUCGGUCGCGGCGAGCUGUGGGAUGGACUGUGCGCUGGGCUGCGGUCACGGCUGGUUGGCCUGCAUGCUCGGGAGGUCAGCAACGCGAUGUGGGCGCUGGCGGUGGUGCGGCACUGCCACCAUCCCGUGUUUGGGGAGCUGGUGGAGGCGAUGGAGCCGCACCUACAGGCCGCCGCGGGAGCGGCGCCGCUGGAGGCGGCGGAGAUGGCCAGGUCGGGGUCGGGAUCGGGGACGUUGCGGCGGCGGGCCGCUCCUGCAGCCGGCAGCGGCGGCUGCAAUGUCCAGGACCUGGUCAACGCAGUCUGGGCGCUGGCACGCGCGGGGACCUUGCCCCCCUUCUCCUCCUCCGCCGCCGCGGCGGAGGGACCCUCAGCUCGUCUGUUGAGGCUGGCGGAGGCGGCUGCGUUGCACGUGCUGCCGCAGCUGCGGCCGCAGCACGUGGCCAGUCUGUUGUGGUCCUUCGUCUCCAUGCGCCACCGGCCCACGAGGCAGCUGGUGGUCUCCGGACCAACAGCAGCAGCGGUGGUGGCGACGGUGGCGGAAGUCGCCUCAGCGGCAGCUGACGGUAGCGAUGGCAGUGCUUCGUCAUCCAGGAGGCGGCAGCAGCAGCAGCAGCACGAGCGGUGGCCUCUGCCGCCCCAGCAGCCGCAGGGCCAGGGGCAGCAGGGGCGCGUGUCUGCAAUGAACUUGUAUCAGUUGUUGGAGCGACGGGCCUGGGAGCUGCAGCUAUUUGACAAGGGGGACGAGGGUGUGGUAGCGCAGGUGGUGUGGGCGCUGGUGAAGGAGCGGCUGGCUGAUGGGCGGCUGCUGGUGCGGGCGGCGUGGAGGCUGCGGGAGGGCGCGGCCAGGUUGACUCUGCGGGAGGCGGCCAUGGUGGCGUCUGCGUACCGCAUGGCCAGGUUUAUGGAUCGAGGUCUGUUCGCCGCUCUGCUCCUCCGCGCGGGGGCCCUCCAUCGCCGCGAGCUGGCGGAGUCCCCACAUGCGGAUGUGAGCAUCGCCCUGCUGCUGCGGGGCCUGGCCUGGGCGGGCUGCUACGACCAGGCGGUGUACACGCGGCUGUGUGACGCGCUUCGGCUCCACCUGGCGGCCAUUCAGCCUCAGCCGCUGGCACUGGCACUGUGGGCGCUAGCGGAGGUGCAGCACCGCCAGUCCGACUUCCUUUCACUCGCCACCACAAUCGCCACUGCCAUCGUGGGGCGUUUCAGCGGGGGUGAGCUCAGCUGUGUGGCAUUAUCGUUGGCACAGCUGGGGGUGCGCAACGCCGAAUUCUUCGGCGCUGCCGCCGUCACGAUGACGGCGCUACGGGGCGGCGGCGGCGGAGCUGAGGUGGCGGCAGCUGCGCGGUCGUUUCCCGGAGAUCUCAUCCCGGCCCUCCGCAGCAGCCGCUGGCGACGUAUUGACCUCCUGAAUCCGCAGGAGUUGGCAAAUUUGAUGGCCGCCUAUGCAAUCUCCGGCUAUGUGGAUGAGCUCUUGUACUACAGGGCGCAGAUCCGUACACGGCGGCUGCUCAACGCCGCAGCCGUGCUUCGCCGGGAGGCCGCCGCAGCCGCCCGCGGUGGCAACGGCAGCACCGCCGCGGUAGCGGCGGCGGCUCUGCGGCGCGGCGACCCCGUCGCGAGCGAUGACAUGUCCGCUGCCUCACUCAUCAAAUUGCUGUGGGCUUUCGUGGCCGUGGGCGUGCAGGAGCCGCCGCUGCUGCGUGCACUAGCAGGCCAGCUGCGGCAGAUGCUGCAGCGCCUGGAGCCGCGGGAUAUUGCAGCACUCGCAUGGGGACUGGCCGUCGCGCGCCUGCCUGAAUGCGACGAACUGCUCACGCGCGCAGUGCGUGCUGCCUCCGAACAUGCGCGCGCCUUUGCGCCAGCGGACCUUGCGACGGUCGCUUGGGCCGCCGCCACUGCUGGCCUCCUGAACCGCGGCCUUAUGGAUGCCUGUGCCCGUCUGGUGCUGGAUGCGCCGCCGCCAGCGGGGCCGGGGGCGGCUGCUGCCCCCGGCCCCGGCCUCAAGGUUCUGUCUGACGUGGCAUGGGCGCAUUCGGCGCUGCGGCUGUAUAAUCCUCUGCUGCUGGACCGUGUGGCAGAGCUGGCGAAGGUACAGCUGGCGGCCGCUGGCGCUGCUGCCGCUGCCGCGGCGGCGUCGGAGGUCGCGGAGGCAGCGCCGCCGUGGCUGCCGCCGGACCUGGAGCUACACCACGUAGUGGCCUUGCUUGAGGCGCACGCCACCUGGGCUGCUGGCUUGUGCGGUGGCAGCGGCGAUGGAUGCUACCACGACGGGCUCUUUCGUGCAGCCGCUGCGGUACUGCUGUCUCGAUUGGAUGAGCUAACCAGCGAUGAGGUGGUGACUCUUACGUGGUGCUGCACAGCAGUACUGCAUGCGUUGCCACCGGCGCCGCUGCCGCCACCGCCACCGGAGGCCGCAGCGCCAUCGCCUGCGUACCUGCGGGCCGCCGGCGGUCUCUACCACCAUCCUGUGCUGGAGCUCCUGAAGGCCCUGUCCGAGCUUUUGGCUGCCACGCCUUCCGAGUCCUUCUUGCAGCCGGAGCUGGAGCAGCUAGCGCAGGCGCACGCGAUGUCGGUGGAGUACGGGAGGGCUGUCGUGGCUGCGGCUGCGCCAGCGACGGUGAUGGCGACAGCGAUGGGGGUUCAGAGCGGGCAGCUUCCGCUACCGCUGCCGCCGGCGCUUAUGAAGCGAGUGACGGACGCGUGGAACGCGGCUCCCGCGGCACGGACUCGGAGGCUGGUGGUUGAGCUAUGCGCCGCGUUGGACGAGAUGGGCUUCCGGGAUGUGCAGAUCGACGGUAGAUCAGAGGACGGCCUAGUGCCGGUGGAUGUGGCUGCAACAGGGCCGUCGCCGCCUCCGACUACGGAGCCCCUGUCGCAGCUGCAUCCUUCUUCGCGGCUAGCUUCGAGCCGUGAGCCGGCUGGUGCACCACCUCCACAGUCAGCGGAGAUACACCACCUUUCAGGAGUGUGGCUAGCGCAGGGGCAGGAUGAGGUGCGUGACGGCCGGCCUGAGAGCCCGCCGAGUGUGCGCUCCGCUGGGGCGGGCACCAGUGCGGUUUGUGAUACGGUCCGGCGUUUCGCGUUCUUGAUUGCGACCCCCGAGCUCCAGGCGGUUGGUCAGCCGCACGUCUACUGGGGCCCGCUGGCGGUCAGGGUUCGGUUACUGCGGGCACGCGGCUGGGUUGUGGUGGUGGUGCCCACACCGGUGCACACGGAGGCGGGUGUGGAUGUGGGGACGCCCUCCCGCGGCAGGCUGGAUGCAGGGCAGCAGCGGGAGUAUGUACGGCGCGUGCUACGUGCUGCGUUUUGGGGUAUGGCGGGGGAGGGUUCUCCGGACGCGUCUGGACGCACCGGCUAG